AUGUCCGAUAUAUAUUCUGCUCUCCGUGUCUCUCCCAGGAAGAAACGUUGUCCUCCAGACCUUGAUGAUAACCUCCUCACUCCCAAGAAACUGAGAACAGCCCCACCGACCCCGCCGCCGACUAUCACGCGUCGAAAGGCGAAAGGCGACGCGACACCCCUUCCUUCCCAGUUAACCCACCUUUAUAACGCUCAUACUGCUCUGCAACACGCGUUAUCGCACGCGCUAGCUACCUGCGCGGUUUCCCCAUCCGAGGACACUGGACUUGUCCGGAAUGUUUUGAACCACCACUCACUGGCGACGUACUCUGGCUUGACGCACAGAUUUGACGUCGAUGAUUUGAAGCGGCUCUGCUGGCUGUGGGAGUGGGACGGCAAGCAGAUCCCCACUGCAGGCAGUGCAAAGGGGAAAGCCAAAGCCAAUGACGACGAUGAUAACCCGUUCUUGGACACCCCGGCUGUCGCGUUCCCGGCGAAGGACUGGACGCGCGGUGCCAUGAGCUUCGUGAUCAAUCAGACGAGCCACUAUUCCAAGUCUGCCGGUUCGAGGGUGCCGGCGUACGGCAUUGGGAUCGAGGUGGAGAUGGAUAUUGACAAGGGUAUGGGCGGAGGUAUGGCUGCUGUUGCCAGAUGGACCGCUUCCAGCGAGACGCGUCGGAAAGAGUUCCGCGGUAAACUCGACCGGUGGCUUGAGCUCCAUGCAGAUCAGUCCCCCAUACCUCACGUACCCAUGGCGGAUCUGCCCGCUCUUCCUGUCGCCGCUAAGCCAUCCACCCUCACGCGUCUCCUCGCUUCCUCAUCACCUAAAUUCCCCUCUUCGCUCUCCAUCCUCACGAGACCCACAUCCCCAUCCCCAUCGCCCUCCAAAUCAGGACUCAAGUCUCCCACCAAGAAGGCUCGCGAUUUUGCGAUUCCUUUCCCUGUCACGCCAUCCAGCAGAGUUGGGACACCGUCCAAGAGCUCCGUUCCUUUCCCGCAGACCCCAUCUUCGCGUUACUCCCGUAAAGACUCGUUGCCAAGUCUCCUCACCCCCACCAGCUUCGGGACUCCUGCGAGCUCAAGGACUUCCUCUCCGGUACGGCCUGAGACUCCCACCACUGGCUUCAGAACUCCAACGAGCUCGAGGACUCCCUCGCUGAAGCGGCCCGAUACCCCCACCUCGUCAGCGUCCUCGUCAUCAGUCCCAACAACACCCGUCCAUCAGCGCGGAGUCAAUGCACAGACGGCUCCGGAGACCCCUACGAGCUCGCGCCGCCAGGCUCUGUAUGAGCGCGUUCGUCAGCGCUCGCUGACAGCGACGCCGACGAAGGGUGGUACGCCUGGUACUGCGGGCAAGAUGACGAAAGAACAGCUCAUGAAGCUAAGCCAGGACGAAAUGCGCCGGAGGUGUCUUCUGGGCCGGCUCGGGGGCGUUGCGGAGAGUGUCUGGAUGCUGUUCUCGAACCCUGGUAGUUCAACUUCUACACCCAGUGCGCGCAAGCGGCGCGCCCUGCUCACCUCCGAGGUGGCUGCAGCUGUUGUGAAAUCCUCGCCCGUGCCCAUAUCCUCCGCCGAGGCGUACGAAUCCUUGCACCUACUCACGAAGCUCUGCCCGUUCUUCCUGCGCCGUCUGGAUAUCGCUGGCGGAGAGUGGCUCGAGAUGCCCGCACCCUCGACCGGCGGCGCGGACGCCGAUGCAGGCGCGAGCUCCGAGAAGCUGCCAGCCAGCCCCGGGCGUGCGCUGAAGAAGAGCGAGAGCGCGGAGGAGGUGCACACGCGCAGCCCGCGGAGGGUGAAGCGCGAGGGUGGCGGGCUGCGCGAUGUGAGAGAGCGGAUACGCAGGGAGCUGGAGAUGACCGACUAG